AUGCUGCAGACGCCGACGAAAACAAUGAGUGGGUCGAUGGGGUUGCAGAUGUCGUCAGACCAGAAUCUAAAAAAAAAAAAAAUUGAUCUCUCCAAAUGGAUCCCAAAACUCGAGAAUGGGUGGAUUUUGAGCCCUGGAGGUGGGGAUGUUCGGGGUGAUGUUGAUUAUUGGAGACAAACAUCUUUACAGGUAAAGGAAGCUUUUGAGUCUUUUUAUGAUUGGAUAGAGUUAACUCAGGUCGUGGGAAAUCCGCCCCCACCAUUUAUGUUGCACAUUGGCGCAAAAGUGUUGACUAAUUUUCGUUCCGUUUCAUUAUUGGAUGAGAACCCAUCAGUGUCAAAGGCGCUCGUACAGUUACGACUCUAUAAGGUCUCGGGUAAGGCUGAAAUUUUUUGCAAAGGCAUCACAAUCUCUAAUUGA